AACUCCAAUUAUCUGUUAUCUCUGGUUGAAAAGUGUGAUCUCGCUUCAACGAUCAGUUCUUUUGGAGUAUGCUUUAUAGAUACGACAAUAGGUGAAUUUUACCUUGGCCAGUUUGUCGAUGAUCGCUGCAAUUCGAGACUAUUGACUCUGCUGGCUCAUCAUCCACCGGUUCACGUAAUAUAUGAACGUGGUACCUUAUCGCAAAAAACUCUGCAGCUUAUAAACAACACUCUACCAGCGGCGCUAAAAGAACCGCUACAACGCGAGUCACAAUUCUGGUCUGCUACAACUGUACUGAAAAAACUUCACGAAGGCAGUUAUUUCAAAAAGGAAAACGACUCGAGCUUCGCAUGGCCUGAGGGUCUGAAACCCUACUUAAACGAAGGAGACAGUUUGGGUUUAACGCCGGCAGAUAAUAAAGAAUUGGCAAUACACGCACUAGGAGGAUGCGUGUAUUUGCUGAAGGAGUUCCUACUCGAACAGCAAUUAUUAGCGCAAGGCUGUUUCAAUACUUACACUCCGCCGGACUUUUCGGCCGCGAGCAGCCGCGCAGGUCUCAAUUACGCAAACACCAUGGUAAUAGAUGCUGUUACAAUAAAAAAUCUAAGGCUCUUCGGAGAUGGUUCACUCAUUGGUAUAUUAGACCGUUGCUGUACUGCGUUCGGUAAAAGAUUGCUGCGCGAAUGGAUCUGCAGGCCAUCUUGCCGCAAAAACGUUAUUAUAGAGCGCCAGGAAGCUGUACAGGAAUUAGUGGAUCGAAUGGACGUGAUGCAGUCGGCUCGCGCAAUUUUGUCAACUCUACCAGAUCUUGAAAGACUUUUGAGCAAAAUACACGCUCAGGGAAAUGCUGCUAGAAUGAAAGAUCAUCCUGACGGUAGAGCCAUAAUGUUUGAGGGUCCCACAUAUUCAAAAAGGGUGAUUGUAGAUUUCACCACGACACUCGCUAAAUUCGAAGAAGUGCUGAAAUUCAUCGAACUGUUUGAUGAUUUCAAAAGUAGCUUGAUAACUCGUUAUACUCGGUACGAACCGGACGGUGAAUUCCCCCAAUUAAGGGAGACAUUAGACUAUUUUAAGACCGCAUUUGAUCACGAAGAAGCUAAAAAGCAAGGCUACAUUGUUCCGAAAAAGGGAGUAGAUGCUGAAUAUGAUUCAGUUUUAAUUGAGCUCGCGGAGAAUAAGAAAGAUUUAGACAGAUAUUUGGAAAAACAAAAGCAACACUUCGGUGUAAAAAUAACAUUCCACGGAGCAGAUAGAAAACGUUAUCAAAUCGAAGUUCCCGAGUCGCAAGUUAAGAAAGUUGGCCCCGGGUACGAAUUAACGUCGCAAAGAAAAGGCUUCAAACGUUAUUAUACCGCCGAGGCAAAGGAGCUUUUGGCGAGACAAAUGAAUGCAGAAGAGCACAAGGAUAAGGUGCUGAAGGAUCUUAACCGGCGAAUAUUUGCGCAGUUCAGCGAAAAGUAUGAUAUGUGGCAUGCAGCCAUUCACAAAUUAGCCACCAUGGAUGUGCUCAUCUCUCUCGCGGAUUACGCGCGAAACGGUGAUAUGUGUAUCCCGGAGAUACACGACGGAUCGGAUGGUGAGGUAUUCAUCAGGAUAAAAGACGGAAAGCAUCCCUGCAUCACGUCUGACAAUUUUAUACCGAAUGAUACUUCCUUGGCAACCGACGAUGCCGCCUCUUUCAUGAUUCUGACGGGUCCGAAUAUGGGAGGCAAAUCGACCCUCAUGCGUCAAGUGGGUCUGAUCACGAUAAUGGCGCAAAUAGGCAGCUACGUUCCAGCCAGCUCGUGCUGCAUAACCCUGGUGGACCGUAUUUUCACGCGACUGGGCGCGAACGACGAUAUUCUGGCCGGUCAGAGUACGUUCUUGGUCGAACUAAGUGAAACUGCUGCGAUACUGCAACAUGCUACGCCCUAUUCGCUGGUUCUUCUCGACGAGCUGGGACGCGGCACAUCAACCUAUGACGGUACAGCAAUCGCGGCUGCGGUCGUUGAUGCAUUGACCAAGCUAAAGUGUCGCACAUUGUUCUCAACGCAUUACCAUUCUUUGGUUGAGGAUUACAAAACCAAUAAAGAAGUCACGUUAGCUCAUAUGGCAUGCAUGGUGGAAACAGAGGAGGAGGAGGAAGUGUCACAAGAGACCGUGACGUUUUUGUACAAGCUCAGCGAAGGGGCAUGUCCAAAGUCUUACGGAUUCAAUGCCGCUCGACUAGCAGGCGUACCUUCUAUAAUCACAAAAAGAGCGCACGAGAUAGCUAGGAGGAUGGAGCAGGAAACUAAUCACAAGCACAUCUUUAAUGCUCUUUGCAAAGCCAACGGUGCCGAAAUGAGAAGUCUCAUUGCUACCAUUUAA